CAAGGCGCGUCUCUCGUACGUAACGGGUUAAAGGUCAGAACACUGCAGACAUGUUCAUCAUGUAAAUAAAAUAGCGAACUGACAAGACCUGAAGAUAUGAGGCUGCUGUCCAAGCCAGCACUGCAGGCCGUUCUCUCCUCACAGAAAACUCUGUCGCACGAGGGCAGCAGACCGUUCUGGGGAUGGCUCAAUGCUGUCUUCAACAAAGUUGACUAUGAGCGUAUCAAGGCGGUGGGCCCAGACCGUGCUGCUGCAGAGUGGCUGACAAGGUGCGGUGCCAAGGUGAGGUUCCAGGGGUUCGACCGUUGGCAACACGACUACAACGGCCUGCCCACCGGCCCUCUGGGACGAUACAAGAUCCAGGGCAUCGACGCCACAGACUCUUGCAUCAUGUACAAAGGCUUCGAUCACCUGGAUGGACUAGAGCAUGUCGAAGAGCUCAAACUCAACAAGAGUAUGUACAUAGAGGAUGCCUGCUUGGAGAGAAUAAGCACCAUAGAGAACCUACAGGCCAGCCUGUACAAGAUGGAGGUGGUCUCCUGUGGGAACGUAACUGACAAGGGUGUCAUCGCUCUGCAUAAACUCAGGAGUCUAGAGCAUCUGUACCUCAGCGAUCUGCCAGGCGUGGUAGAGAAGGAGAAGACCGUAGAGAGACUCCAGACAGCUCUACCUGGGCUGGACAUAGAGCUGGACCUUGUCUGACAGACUGAGGAUGAACCCACACAACCACAGGCUGUGAUUGACAGACACAGAGGACCAGUCCGGCACAGUGGGCAGUGUCAUGACGACCAGAAGAUGCACGUUGUCUUGUAGCAACACAUUGUAACACAUAGUAAAGUGUUUUGCAACAAAUUUGACUCAACGUUUUGGUCCCCACUUUUUUUUCCCCUCUCCCCUGUUUGGUUUCUAGUGAAUACGACCCUGGUCCCAGAUCUGUUAGUGCCGUCUCGCCAUGGCCUCCUAUGGGUUAUGGUCAUUGGCAUGACCAUAGGAGUUGGCAAGACUGCACAAACACAUCUGGGACCAGGCUAGUGGGACACGGGACAAAUGAGAUUAUUAUCGCAACAUGUUUUCAACUGGACUUUAUUUGUAUUGACUCUAAAACAUAAGUAGGACAGGAAUUGUUUUCCUUAAUGUUUAUUAAAUAUGACUUCAUUAAAAAAAGUACAUAGACUGUAACAA